AUGGCAGAGCUAUCCGAGAGCGAAGCACUCGAGCAAAGGCUCAAGUCAGCACUAUGGUACUCCAUUGGCAAGAUUGUGGACGAGGAGUCGUUGAAACUGGACGUAAACGCCACGCCGCAAUUCAUUGGAGCCUUGACAGAGAUGGUUUGGGCACAGAUUGAAACCGUGAGCAAAGAUCUCGAAAGUUUCGCAAAACACGCCGGCCGAACAACCAUAACAACAGACGACGUACUACUUCUCACGCGCCGAAAUGAAGGGCUGGAGAGCUUGAUCCGAUCGUUCGUCGACGGAUUGCGUGGUGCCAGCCAGGGUGGGCGCGGCGGGCAGGGAAAGUCUCGCCGGAGAUAGUAACCAUUACGAAUUCGAUCAGAUUCCCGAAAAAUUUGCGGCGUUCAGGCGUAAUAAUAUCCCAAAAAAGGGUAUCUCAAUUUGUAGCAUCUGAGCGAAUUGAACAUAUAAGAUAUUAUACCAUUUCAUGACUUCAUUUCCUUGGAUAUUACAUGAACUGAUUUGGAGACUAUAAAUACAU